UAGUAGUCAAAUAAUUGCGACUUACAUUUUAUAUUGCAAUUGCAUUUCUGCAACGCCGACAGACUAAAGCGGUUUGAUUUUUUUUAUCAACAAAUAGAGAGGAAGUCCCGUUUCCAUCGAAGAUGUUGAACUCCGUUUGCUGCAUGCGCCUACACACCUACGGUGUGGUUAUCGGAUGGCUGGGCGCGAUUUUCUCCUUUUUGGGCACGAUCCUUGUGUCCGUGGCCUUGGGAUUCGCCGAUGAAAUUGCAAAGCAGAUCGUUGAACAAAACCCAAGCAGUAAUCUUACAGUUGAUAGUGUUCGCAGUGCGCUUGUCAUAGUAUUAUGUAUUUAUCUUGGGUUGACGGUGAUUAAUCUUCUGUCUUCGACAAUGUUGAUUGUAGGAACUGUUAAGGAACGCCAUCUCCUCCUGCUUCCUUGGCUAAUUAACAACGGAGUGUUGAUGGUCUUUGGAAUUAUAGCCAAUAUUACCAUUUGGGCACAGAUGAUUGGAUCUUCGGUGCCCGCAUCAAGUGUCAUACCAAUGAUUUUGCCGACAAUUCUUUCUCUCGCACUCUCGAUUUAUCUGUACUAUGGUGUUUACUCGCUCUUCAAGAAGAUCCAGGCCUCCAGUGAGCUCCAACGCCCACUGAUCCCGCCGGCAAGCCAGCAGACAAACUCCUAUCCCAGCUACACCAAGAUCUGAGCUAGAAUUUGAGUCCCUUUUGCUGCAUUGUAUACCUUUCGAAUAUUUAAAGUGGAGCUUUCUUUAUAUCGUUUCUUUAUAUUUACAACGGAUUUCAGUGCUUAUAUUUGCUAGUUAUACCAAAAUUAUCUUGUGUUAUCGAUGCAGCAAAGGAGAGACAUUUUAUAUGUAUGAAUGCACAUACAUACAACGAAUUCUUGUACUCUUUUUGAUUAAAUGUAAUCCAUUUUGCAUGCUUAUACAUACAUAUAUAAACCCA